CUCGGAAUUUUCCCUCGACGGCGACGCGCGGGAAAAUUACCAAAAAAAAAAAGGAUCAAUCCUUGAAUCGACGAACAGUUGGGCCAAGAAUUCAACUCCCGGAUUUUAACGGUUCGCGGAUUUCGGUUCCGGUCGGUUGAAGUUGUUCGUUAGUCGGAAAUUUAUUGAAGUUGGGAAAAAAUUGGGAAAGGUGAAAUGGAAGAGUGUUAACGGAAAACCUUUUCGUACAUACGUUAGAAAUGUGCCAGCAAAUAUUGUAGUAAGCAGAUCGUGUGUGAAAUUUUCCUCGAGGAAAUCCGAUAUCUCGUACAGAGAAGUGAUGAUGUUGUCGUAAAAAAGAGCACAAACAGAGAUUAUCCUAAUGCUGAAUCGUUCACCAUCGUCAUCGUCGUCGAGUGAUGGAGGAAAAGUCCAAAAAAACAAGAAAGAAAAACGCGACGACGAAGCUUGGAUGUCAUUGUUCCUUGGCUCCUCGGUGCAGAAGGUGAUGAUGAUGUUAUGAAUGUGGUGGGAGUGUGAGUGAAGUUUUUCGUUCCCCAUUCUUUGAUAUUCAUUCGGAAAAGUGCCUCCCCACUGACUGACCAAGGUCAGGGAAAAAUCGUACAAAAUGAAGAAAAGCGCCAAUAGUUUGUCCCCGAUUUCACCGUUGCCAAAUACUCCGCCGCCGAUGAGGAACGCCUUCGAGGGGAAAGUGCCCUCAUCGCCAUCGUCGGCCGUGCCACCGCCCACGCCGCCAAAUCUGGCCAACAGUCCCCCGGCUCCGGGAUCAAUGGCCUCCGUCAUGCUGCCAAAUUCCGGCUCCAGGCCAACGCUGAGCAUCACGAGUAACAGCAAUCGAUGCAGCAGCCUGUUGGAUGCCGACGAUAUUACCCCGAUUACCUCGCCGCUGCCAAACAUAAUCUGUCCCCAGGAGAUCUACACGAUCUUCAACCGAGCCGGGUCCCAGGAUCAGCAGAAUCAGGAUCAGAACCAUGAUCAAUCGGAUGGAAUCUCCAGGACCGAAUCGUCGGCUCGUCUAGCCGCAAACAAUCACCGGAACUCGAUUUACCUGACCAAUAACAAUAGUAACAGUAACAGUGGAAACAAUAUCGCCGGAAGUAGACAUUCGCGAUCCCGACGAUCGUCGGAACUUUCGCAACAUCAGCGAAACAGUAGCCUUGGUGGGGAGCAGCAGCAGCAACGGUCGACCAAUGCUUCGGUUAAGUCGACGCACAGCUCGACGCAACGGAACCGGAAACGGAGCUCGACUCAUAUCGAGAUGAACGUGAGCGGUGGCCACGAGAGGCCGCGCUGCUUGAAGUCUAGCUUUCUGAGACGGAAGUGUAAGGAGUAUGCAGAUGACGACGAUGCCACAACCUCCGGGGUGACUUUGGACGACUCCGAUAAGCGAGUGAUACUGUUGAAUCAAACUCAGCGGCAAAAGUACUGCAACAAUCAUAUCUCGACGGCAAAGUAUAGCGCCAUAAGUUUUAUACCCUCGUUUUUGUUCGAGCAGUUCCGGCGGUAUUCGAACUGCUUCUUUCUGUUCAUCGCGCUGCUGCAGCAGAUCCCGGACGUUUCGCCGACCGGUCGUUUCACCACCCUGGUCCCGCUGAUCUUCAUCCUUUCGGUCAGCGCCAUCAAGGAAAUCGUCGAGGACUUCAAGCGGCACCGGGCCGACGAUGAAAUCAACCACCGGGAGAUCGAAUCGCUGCAGGGCGGCCAAUGGCGCUGGAUCAAGUGGAAGGAGCUGGCGGUCGGGGACAUCGUCAAGGUCCAGAACAACACCUUCUUCCCGGCCGAUCUGGUGCAGCUCUCGUCGAGUGAACCCCAGGGCAUUUCCUUCAUCGAAACGUCCAACCUCGAUGGGGAGACGAAUCUGAAGAUCCGGCAGGGCGUCCCGGCCACCGCCAAAAUUCUCGAAACCAAAGAUUUUAUCCAGUUUUCCGGUACGCUCGAGAGCGAACCGCCCAACCGGCAUUUAUACGAGUUCAAUGGGGUGCUGAAGGAGACGGGGAAGGCAGCGGUUGCCCUCGGACCUGAUCAACUUCUGUUACGAGGCGCUAUGCUUCGAAACACCUCCUGGGUAUUCGGCAUUGUCAUCUACACCGGACACGAUACGAAACUUUUGCGAAACUCUACCUCAGCGCCGCUCAAGCGCUCAACCGUUGACAGACUGACCAAUACGCAAAUAUUAAUGUUAUUUUUCAUUCUCAUCUUUCUUUGUAUCGUGAGUUGCAUUUUCAACCAAAUUUGGACGAAAGAUCAUUACAAAACCGAUUGGUACUUAGGCAUAAGCGAUUUGUUAAGUAAAAAUUUCGCCUACAACCUGCUGACGUUUAUUAUUCUGUACAAUAAUUUAAUUCCAAUAUCGCUACAAGUUACGUUAGAGUUAGUCAGAUUCCUUCAGGCAAUCUUCAUCAACAUGGACAUCGACAUGUACCACGAGGAGUCCGAUACCCCAGCGAUGGCCCGGACCUCGAACCUGAACGAGGAACUCGGCAUGGUGAAGUACAUCUUCUCGGACAAAACCGGAACUCUGACGCGGAACGUGAUGGAAUUCAAGAAGUGCACCGUGGCCCGGACAAUCUACACCCCGGAGGACAAUCCGGCCCAAUCGCAGCUGGUCCAGCACAUCAUAAAUAACCACCAUACGGCGCCGAUCCUGAGGGAGUUUCUAACGCUGAUGGCCAUCUGCCACACGGUGAUACCGGAGAAAUCGGACGCGGACAACAUCCAGUACCAUGCGGCCAGUCCGGACGAGCGGGCUCUGGUUUACGGUGCCAAAAAGUUCGGCUACGUCUUUCACACCCGAACGCCCACCUACGUUGAGUUCGAGGCUCUCGGAGAGCACCAGCGCUUCGAAAUCCUGAACGUGCUCGAGUUCACCUCGACCCGGAAACGGAUGUCUGUGAUAGCCCGGAACUCCAAGGGCGAAAUCAAGCUGUACUGCAAGGGAGCGGAUACGGUGAUCUACGAACGGCUUGCCCCCAACGGCCAAGCCUACCGGGAAACGACCCUUCAACAUCUGGAAGAAUUCGCCACCGAAGGUUUGCGAACGCUCUGUUGUGCUGUGGCUUCCAUUCCGGACGAUGUCUACGAAGACUGGAAGCACACCUAUCACAAGGCGUCCACCUCGCUACAAUAUCGGGAGCAAAAGGUCGAAGACGCGGCCAACCUUAUCGAGACGAACCUGAUGCUGCUGGGAGCCACGGCCAUCGAGGACAAACUGCAGGACGGAGUACCUGAAACCAUAGCUUCGUUGAUCGAAGCCAAAAUUAACGUAUGGGUCCUGACAGGGGACAAGCAGGAGACGGCCAUCAACAUUGGGUAUUCCUGUCAGCUGCUGUCGCACGGGAUGGACCUUAUUAUUCUGAACGAGGACAGUUUGGAUAACACCCGGAACUGCAUCCAGAGGCACAUCGCCGAGUUUGGCGAUCAGCUGCGGAAGGAGAACAACGUAGCUCUCAUCGUCGAUGGGAAAACCCUCAAGUACGCCCUGAGCUGUGAUCUUCGGACCGACUUCCUGGACCUUUGCAUAUCCUGCAAGGUGGUCAUCUGCUGUCGGGUAUCACCGAUCCAGAAAGCCGAUGUGGUAGAACUCGUCACCACCAAUACAAAAUCGGUAACGCUGGCCAUCGGAGACGGAGCCAACGAUGUGGCCAUGAUCCAGAAAGCGCACGUUGGGGUCGGAAUUUCCGGCGUCGAAGGUCUGCAGGCGGCCUGCGCCUCCGACUACUCGAUAGCACAAUUCAGUUACCUGCGGAAGCUGUUGUUGGUCCACGGGGCCUGGAAUUACAGCCGGAUGUGCAAGCUGAUCCUGUACAGCUUCUACAAGAAUAUCUGCCUAUAUGUGAUAGAGUUGUGGUUUGCCAUUUACUCCGGAUGGUCUGGUCAAAUUCUGUUCGAACGAUGGACAAUCGGUUUAUACAACGUGUUUUUCACGGCGUUACCACCUUUCGCGAUGGGACUUUUCGACAAGGUUACAUCUGCGGAACAAAUGCUGAAAGAACCAAGGCUUUACGAACCAUCCCAAAGUGCCCAACUGUUUAACGUUAAAGUAUUCUGGUACUGGAUCUUCAACGCGCUGGUCCACUCCAUCUUCUUAUACUGGCUGCCAAUGUUUUCCUACCAGGGCGACGUCAUCUGGGGGAACGGACGGGAUGGCGGCUAUCUAGUGUUAGGCAAUAUAGUUUAUACUUAUGUAGUUGUAACGGUCUGUCUGAAGGCUGGUUUGGUGACCAACUCUUGGACGUGGUUGACGCAUUGCUCCAUCUGGGGCUCAAUGGUGCUGUGGUUUAUGUUCAUUUACAUUUAUAGCAAUAUUUGGCCAGCCCUACCGGUCGGUGCGGUGUUCACCGGUAUGGACGAUAUGAUCUUCUCAUCGCCGAUGUUUUGGUUGGGAUUGUUCCUGAUCCCGAUUACGGCAUUGCUUCCCGAUGUUGUGGUUCGAGUGAUCAAAAAUCGAAACCAGGACCUGACGGCACCGCAUCCCAUCAAGGAAUCGCGAUCUUCCAGCAUCGUGAAAAUUCUGACCUGGAGGCGGCGAAAUUCGGUGGCCCCGAUGCCCAACUGGAACCAUAACAGUAUCAAUGUGAGCGAGUUGCACAUUUAGAAGAUAUAGCGCGGGAAAGAGCUAAGCAAUAUGGAUGGUUUGUAAAAAUAUACAAAUAUAAAUGGCGCGGUACACGCUCAACCGAGGAUAGGUGAUUAAAAGGGUUUCGAAAAACCCAAAAUUUUUUGGACAGUAGUCAAAGUAAAAAAAAAAAACAAAUGAGAAUUGAAUGCGCACACAUUUACACGCUCAAAUUGAGAUAGUGCUAACGAGAAAAAAAUUACCUAGAUAAGCUAUAGGACAGAAUUUCUAAUCAAGACAACAUCGUGUUCCAAAGAGAUAAUGUUUUGUUGAAGCAUCGUAACAGUUAGGUAGUUUUAAGUUUAACUUAUUGCUUAGGAUUUUUUUUAAAUAUUGCUUAUCCGUCUUCUCUAUGAGGCUGUAGGACGAUUACCUACCUUUCUCAAUCAAUAUAUGUUCAAGCUAACGCGCAACGAAUCCGCCCAAGUCAUCUCUAAAAGCAGUGUCUUGCUAGAAAGAUCGGUCAACAUAGGGAAAUAAUAGUUUGUACCCAGCUUUGUGAUAUGGUGGAUUGGUUUUAACAAAUUCGAUGCAAAUUAAAUUUAGAAACUAUAUUAACAAAUCUCAUGUGCAAUACAGGAGGAAUCAAACUUUGUCUCAUGAAAUUUAGAAUACUUUGUUUUACCUGAAUCUAUAAUUGACACCAGAAUUGGAGCUUGGUAGAAUCCGUUUUAGUUUUUUGUCUUCCUCUUUGAAGGUAGGUGUGUUUUCUCGGAUAAAAAUUUAACAUUUACCAAAUCUGUGACCUUCCAACAUAAGAAACAAAAUGGAAAUCCAAGCUAGUAAAAAUGACACUCGUGGAAUCGUUUAUUUAAAGAAAAAAAAAAUUCUUAUACUCAAACGAUCAGAUAACGGAUGAAUUCUCGCAAAUCUAAUUAUGGCAAUUAUCCCGCGUUCUCCAAUUGACACAGGUUGUACACAUGGCAAAGUGGUGCAACUGCCCAAACGAAUUAAGAUAUAUGUUCUACGUUCGAUACUCACUGUCCGUCGGCAUUUUUUCCUAUUUCUGGAAUGGAUCAUCCAAUAGGCUGAAAACUCCUGCAAAAAAAAUCUUCUUUUGCUUGAAUGCUUGUAUGUAGCAGUAAUGCAUCAACUGCAUGUGUUCGGGUCUUUGUGCCAGUGGUCACAAAGCAAUCAUGUCAUCUUUGACGCAUUGCACGUUUGGCACAUUUUCGGCAUAAAGUUAGCUCUAAUUGGUAUUGGAGUCACCGUCACGGCUAAAAUUUGUCACCAAAGGGUUAUAAAGUUUGCGGAACACUGGUCCAGUCGGAUAGAAAAAACGUUUGGCUUUAUGGAUCACAUUGGUCCUUGCCAAAAAACCCCCCAAAAUGUAAAAGAAAAAACGUUAGUCAGCCGAGGCAUGAUAAUUGCGGUAAAUCUAUCCGCCAUAUAACCUUCGUGCUUCCGAAUGUAAAAUUGCAAGAGAUGUCCUGCUCGGAAAAGUCUUUGGUAGCGACUAAUUGAUGGAGCGAGCCUGUCGGUUUCUGCUUCCAGAGGACCAAUACUCCAAGAAUCGUCGACUGCGUUUUUCGACUAAUGGUGUAUUUUAUAAUUUGUGUUGUUCUUUAUAUGUUGGCUGUGCACACUCUAAGCAAAGCCCACUCAAAAUAAAUGUCGUCUCCAAGGUACGUGUAUAAAUAUAUAGGAGAUGUAGCGUUAUCGCAAAUUCCUGAUUCCGCCAUUUUGAUUUUGAAACUGCAGAAUUCGUGAAGUUCAUUUACCAACAAACCGAGCAACCGUGAAAUUGUAUUAGAAAUAAUAUCUUAAGUCGUUAUCAAAUGUAUUGCGAAUCGCAAAUCCAACUCAAUAGUAAAAAAUAUCGCAUGAACAGUCGUCUGAAGUCGGUUUAAAUCGGAUUUGAUAGAAAGUCCGACAUGUUUGUAAAUUUUUAAAUGAAUUUGCUCAUUUUUAUCUCUCGCGUGGGCUUCAAGUGAGAAAAUCAUCGUCUGGUCCUCUCUGCAACCAGCAGUGCAACCAGAUGGCUAAAAAUCAUAUGCGGGUUGAAUAAUAUUGACCAAUGAGAGAACCGGAAAAUAUUGUCGCUGGCAUCGAUUUGAAGACUUUGAGAACAAAAUCUUGCGCUCUCUUGCGGUGUCGGAUAACGCCUAAAGCGGGCCACAGACUACACCACAUUUGUACCAAUGCGAUGAAAUUGGCACUGCUUGAAUGACCGCACAAACCGUUUGAGUGAAAUCGAUCGGGAUCGAAAUUUUUUGUACAAACAACCCUCUGUGGCAUGGUGUAUGGUGCUGCUUGUACAAAACUCAGGCCUUUUACUCAGCCCCAGCCGGGGUGGAGAGGGUUUUUGUUGUUGCUGUUUCCGCCAGCAAUCGUUUGUGUUCGCGUGAAAUAUGUUUGUAUCGUGUGUGGGCGAGUGUAGAAUCAAACAAUCGUCGUUGAAUCAUUGAAUUUGCUUAAGCCAUUUGUGUAGUCUAUGGCUCGCUUAAUUGGUGUAGUUUUCAUCGCUUUAAGCGGGCCACAUUUUUUUUUUGUUUCGAUUAUAGUCGUUUUACCAUCAUUAUGGCAUUCGCGACUUUAAGCGGGCCACAGACUACACAACAUUUGUACAAAUGAGAUGAAAUUCGAUGAAAUUUUGUCGCUGUGAACACGAUUUGCUUAGUGUGUGGCACUGCUUGAAUGAGCGCCCAAACGGUUGGAGUAAAAUCGGUCGGGAUCGAAAUAUUUUGUACAAACCAUCCUCCCAGCCGGGGUGGAGAUGGUUGUUUUUGUUGCUGUUGCUGUUUUCGCCAGCAAUCGUUUGUGUUCGCGUGAAAAAUGUUUGUAUAGUGUGUGGGCGAGCAUAGAUCAAACAAUCGUCGUGGAAUCAUCGAAUUUGUACAGGCCAUUUGUGUAGUCUAUGGCCCGCUUUAGAAAGAAGAGAAGUUUAUGUAUGUAUAUGGCCUCCACUUUGGAACACUGAUAAGAUAGGAAUACAGCUACAAUAAUGUUUGCCGGGAACUCACUGAACCUCACCGCGCUGUCCUCGCCUACUUCCCAGUAAGCGCGUCCUCUCAAAAAUCGACAGAGCAUGUAAAAAAUUGAGAGUUGAGUCACCGAACUUAGAAUAAAACGGUUAAUUUCGGCGACACUCCAAGAACGCAAAUAUUCUCAUUCGGUUUGUCCUGCCGAGAUACCUACCUAGAGGCAACGAAUGCUAAUGCGUACAUGCGAAAUCAGUUUGAAUCGUACGCUCGUACGGUGCAGUCGACUUCUCAGGCAGGCAAACACGCGUCUCGAAGGGAAACAUACAAACACGAUUCGGGUUGUUUUCGUGUGUUUCUCUGGAGGGCGUGUCUUAGAUUAUUUUGUGGAACUCACUCAAGGCACGCGUAUGGUGUGUUCCUCUUUGCCGAUGUGAUGAUGCAAAAUUGCCAGAGAGAUCGUUACGAUCCCUCCGGCGAUUUGAGUUACCUCUCUGCCGAUUCAUGUUUACUGGGUUACUGGCCCUUAUUCUGCACCGCACGUGUCCCCAGUAAGCGCGUCCUCUCAGAAAUCGACAGAGCAUGCAAAAAAUUGAGAGUUAAGUCACCGAACUUAGAAUAAAACGGUUAAUUUCGGCGACACUCCAAGAAAGCAAAUAUAUUCUCAUUCGUUUUGUCCUGCCGAGACACCUCAACGAAUACGAAUGCAUACAUACGAAAUCAGUACGAAUCGUAUACUCGUACGGUAUGCUCGCAUUUUAUUCCCGUGUUAGUUUUAUAUGUGUGCUUUCAAUCGUAGCAGUCGACUUCUCAGGCAGGCAAACACGCGUCUCGAAGGGAAACAUACGAUUCGGAUAGCGUUCGUGUGUUUCUCUGGAGGGCGUGUCUUAGAUUAUUUCGUGACACUCACCCAAGGCACGUGUAUGGUGUGUUCCUCUCUGCCGAAUAGAUGAUGCAAAAUCGCUAGAGAGAUCGAUACGAUUCUCUCCCUCUCCCUCUGUCGAUUUGAGUUACCUCUUUGACGAUUCAUGUUUACUGGGUCGUGAAGAUACCCAGUAAGCGCGUCCUCUCAAAAAUCGAUAGAGCAUGCAAAAAAAUGAGAGUUGAGUCACCGAACUUAGAAUAAAACGGUUAACUUCGGCGACACUCCAAGAACGCAAAUAUUUUCAUUCGGUUUGUCCUGCCGAGAUACCUAGAGGCAACAAAUACGAAUGCGUACAUGCGAAAUUUUCAAUCGUUCACUCGCACGGUGUGGUUGCAUUUUGUAAUUGAUAAGAUUUUGUGAUGUUUUUUUUUAUUUCGAUCAUUCAGGCUCGUUCUUAUAUAACCAUUUUUGGUUCAAAAAUAAUAAUAUUUGACCUUCUUCCGUGUUAUGUCAUUUUAUGACUUCUCUUUGAGAACCCAUAAAAUGACUUCUCGGGAAGAGGUUGAAAUUUGAUUAUUUACUUAAAUGAUUACUUUUCAACCGUAUUUUUUAGAGCAAUUUUGUGCGAUUUUUGAAAUUAUUGACGAUUGCCGAUAGAGUUCAGAAAAUUACGUGUUUCCGGAAUUUUUUUUUUAAUUUCUUGUACGUAAUGCUUAUCAACGUCCAUUCUAAUGAUUUGGUUGUCUUUUUUACUGUUAAUAAAAAUGCUUAAGCAGGAACAGAAAAAAAUAACCAUAAAUAUAGUAUUGUGGCAAUAGGCUCAAAACGGUUAUUUUUGAACCGAAAAUAAUUUUUAAAAAAUGAGCGUGUAUUCGUUUUACCAUCUUUGUGGCAUUCGCGACUUUCUAUCAACGUUGCAUUUGCCGGUCAGUUAUAGAAAAACUUAUAAAACUUCAGAGUUUACUCUUGGGCUCGAACUAACGGACAUCGACACAGGAAGCAACUGACUUGCCAACUGAGCUAUAUUGCAAGCAAAAUAUUACCAAUACUUUGAACAGUACAAAUUCCCUUAAAAAGCAUCAAAAUUAAUAAAGAUUUCUGAAUAUUUCCAACCAACAAACGGAUUCUACACUAGCUCCAGUAGUUUGUUAGCAAAAAAAUCAAACCUCCUGAAAGCUGUUGAUAAAACCCUCAUCAUUCCAGUUCUGAAAUAUGAACGUGCUGUUGCUUUAGUACUUAAUCUCUAGGUCAGUAUUUCUUAAGUGAAAAUUUUGAAUCAAUUAUUUUAAGUCUAUUAAAACGAGUCAAAUAAAAACCGAAUAGAUACUGUUAUUAGUUCAUAAUCGUCUUAAGUUAUACCUAGAAAAAAUAAAUCCAAAUUCCAAUCACUUUGUGCUAACACAUUUGUGCUUCAUGUCCGUAAUAAUGUCUGCGCGCGAAAGAUUUUUCGGUAGCAAAAAUGCAAAUUUGGUGAAAGUUGCACCAACAUGGCUGUAAAACUAUAUCUGUGUGGGUACCUGCGUGUGUUCCAGAGUUCCCGGGAAAUCCUGACGUCAAAAUCAGUAGCUUAAAUACGUUUGCUGAAAGCUUUAACUUACUUAUGAAAGGUGAAGGGAUGAUCCCAAUUGAUAGCUUCCUGUGCCACUUUUGAGAAAUAUUUUCGGAGAUUCAUUAUUUUGCUGAAUACGA